AUGGAAGCGGACGAAAGUCUGGUGCAAGAGCAAGAGGCUGCCAGUGCAAGAUCCGUUGAUAUUGAUUUAAGUCAUGAUUCUUCAAGCUCAAUUCGUGGUGAGGAAGUUGUAGUAGAAGGUGAAGUCAAUGAUGAGAAGGAAGAUUCUACCAUGAAUAUGAUUACUUCCCAUGUUGAAGAGGAAGUCGAAGAAGAAGCGAAAGAAAAGGUUUUUGUGGAUGGACUUGUUAUAGCUACUUGUGGAGAAAUUGCACAAGCUUUGAUGCCUUCUCAACAAGAACCAGAACUUAAAAUAGAAGAUGAUCACCAACAUGAUAAUGGACUAUGA